AUGGAGCCGCCGCGGAGCCUCCCGGGGCUGGAGCGGGAGCGCGGCGCGCUGGACGCGGCCGGAGGGUGCCCGUCCCCGCUGGACGCCAAGGCCGUGCCCGGCAGGAAGGUCUGGGUCAAGCUGCGGGCGCUGCUCCGUUUCCUGGUGAAGCAGCUGGAGGCGGGCGAGGUGAGCGUGGAGGAGCUGAAGCGCAACCUGGAGUACGCGGCCUCGCUGCUCGAGGCCGUGUGCAUCGACGAGACCAGGCAGGUGCUGGACACGGAGGACGAGCUGCGGGACAUGGGCUCGGACGCGGCCGUGCCCUCGGAGGUGCGCGACUGGCUGGCGGCCACGUUCACGCAGCAGGCGCGGGCCAAGGGGCGCCGCGCCGAGGAAAAACCCAAAUUCCGCAGCAUCGUGCACGCCGUGCAGGCCGGCAUCUUCGUGGAGAGGAUGUUCCGCCGGACGUACACGGCCGUGGGGCCGAGCUACUCCUCCUCCGUCCUCAACUGCCUGAAGGGGCUGGACCAGUGGUGCUUUGACGUGUUCUCGCUGCACCGCGCGGCCGAGGAGCACUCGCUGCGCACGGUGGUGUUCGAGCUCUUCACCCGCCACAACCUCAACAGCCGCUUCAAGAUUCCCGGUGCGUUCCUGACGUCGCUGCUGGAGGCGCUGGAGGGCGGCUACGGAAAGUUCCGGAACCCCUACCACAACCAGGUGCACGCGGCCGACGUCACCCAGACCGUGCACUGCUUCCUGCUGCGCACCGGCAUGCUGCACUGCCUGUCCGAGAUCGAGCUCCUGGCCAUCGUCUUCGCCGCCGCCAUCCACGACUUCGAGCACACGGGGACAACGAACAGCUUCCACAUCCAGACCAAGUCGGACACGGCCAUCCUGUACAAUGACCGCUCGGUGCUGGAGAACCACCACAUCAGCGCCGUGUUCCGCCUGAUGCAGGACGAGGAGCUCAACAUCUUCGUCAACCUCACCAAGGACGAGUUCGCGGAGCUGCGGGCGCUGGUCAUCGAGAUGGUCCUGGCCACCGACAUGUCCUGCCACUUCCAGCAGGUCAAGUCCAUGAAGACGGCGCUGCAGCAGCUGGAGAGGCUGGACAAGUCCAAGGUGCUGUCGCUGCUGCUGCACGCGGCCGACAUCAGCCACCCCACCAAGCAGUGGGCGGUGCACAGCCGCUGGACCAAGGCCCUCAUGGAGGAGUUUUUCCGGCAGGGGGACAAGGAGGCCGAGCUGGGGCUGCCCUUCUCGCCCCUCUGCGACCGCACCUCCACGCUGGUGGCCCAGUCGCAGAUCGGGUUCAUCGACUUCAUCGUGGAGCCGACGUUCUCGGUGCUCACCGACGUGGCCGAGAAGUUGGUGACGCCGCUGGCCGAGGACGGCUCCAAAGCCAAGGGCAACCCCGCUGCCACCCAGCAGCCCAGCUCGCAGUGGCGGCAGCCGUCCCUGGAUGAGCACCUGGAGGUGGGGGACAUCAAAGCCGACCUGGCCGGGUUCCGCUCCACCUGGACCAAGCACAUCCAGGAGAACAAGCAGAAGUGGAAGGAGAGGGCGGCCAGCGGCAUCACCAACCAGGCGUCCAUCGAUGAGCUGUCCCCGUGCGAGGAGCCCGCGGCCACCGGGACCCACAGCGAGAACGGGGACGUGGAAUAGCGGCGGGAGGAGCCAGGUGGGGACACCGGCAGGGGGCGGGGACACCGGGAAAGGGGCGGGGACACCGGGAGAGGGCGGGGACACCAGGAGGAUCCAGGUGGGGACACCGGGAAAGGGGCGGGGACACCGGGAGAGAGGCGGGGACACUGGGACAGGGGUGGGGACAUCGGGAGUGGGGCGGGGACACGGCGGUGACUGUCCCCUCCCGGCAGGUCCUUGUCCGGCGAGUGACACCGUCUCGUCUUCGAUGCCAUCGAGUUCAGCACCAUCCACAGGGCAGCAGCCCCCGGGGCCGGGCUCGCAUGGGUGUCACCUCCGUGCCAGGACCGGUGUCACCUCCGUGCCAGGACUGGUGUCACCGCUGUGCCAGGACUGGUGUCACCUCUGUGCCAGGAGUCCCUGGGGCUGGGCUCGGAUCGGUGUCACCUCUGUGCCAGGACCGGUGUCACCGCCGUGCCAGGAGCCCCCCGGGCUGUCCCCUCUGUCCCGGUGUCACCGGUCCCUCACUGCCACCCCCGGCCCCCGCCGG